AUGGCUGCUAGGGCUGUCAAGCGUCUUGCUGGAAACGGUACGGGUCAAAGUCUUGUGGACAGAAUGACAUCAAUGAAGCACAGCAUUGCUGGGUCGUUGAUCGCGAAAACCAUCUGCAAGGCUACUACUGAAGAAAUGAUCGCGCCGAAAAGAAAACAUCUUAACAUUUUGGUCAGCUGUACAUAUGAGCUUCGUCUUUCAAUGCCAGAAUUCGCAAACUACAUAAUUGGGCGAUCACAUAACAGCAGUUGGGUCGUGUCUUUCAAGGCUCUCAUUACGAUUCACCAUCUGAUGAACAGCGGAAGCGAGGUGCGCUUUUCCCAAUAUCUAGCGUCGAACAAUUGUCAGCUUUCAUCUCCUCGUUCCUUUGAGCGAAGUAACUCACAGGCUGCUACGAUGUUCUUGUUCAUUCGGCACUAUGCUCGCUAUCUCGAUGCACGUUCGGCUAGUUACCGCCAAGUCGCCUUCGAUUUCUGCAGAAUCAGACGGAAAGCUGAUGACGUGAAUAUGAAAACGAUGCCAUAUCCCAAGCUGGUCCGAGCUGUGCCUCCUCUGGAGCGACAAAUUGAUGCCCUCCUGGCGUUUGAU